AUGAGCAAGAGCGCCCCCAUGUACUCUGACGCCGACCCCAACAUCUCGAUCGUCAUCUCGAAGCGUGGCCCCGCGCCGAAGACGCUGAAAUCUCAGUCGGCCGUCAACGCCGCUCUUCGCGCCGGCGCCGCCGUUGAGACUCAAAAGAAGAUGGCCGUCUCGGCCAACCGGCAGCAUACUUCCAACAAGAACACCCUACACCUUGACGAAGAGACCGAGGAGCUGCACCACGACCGAGUCUCCCUCAACCUCGGCAAGGUCAUGCAACAAGCCCGCGCCACGAAGGGCUGGACCCAAAAAGACCUGUCCACCAGGAUCAACGAGAAGCCGCAGGUGGUGGCCGAGUACGAGAACGGCAAAGCCGUCCCUAAUCAACAAAUCAUGAACAAGCUCGAGCGAGCCUUGGGCGUCAAGCUGCGCGGCAAGGACAUUGGACAGCCGCUGGCAGUGGGCCCCAAAAAA